AUGGGCUGCCUCACUCAUCGCAAGAAGGUCAUUGACCAACGCGCCGAGCAGAAAUGGGACUACAUCAACCUCAAUGACUUCAAGUCUCGAGGAUGCCUUACUCCGUUCGCGUACUUUUACCUCUGGCUCAUGUUGAUCAUCUCCCUCGCCGUCUACGGCGUCGAUAUGUUCACUGCCAUCAACCUCCUGGCUUUCGACCGCUGGUCCUCUGAAAUCGACCCCGCCAUCGACUUCAAGAUCUCGAAAUGGAUCUUCUCCAUUUCCAUUAUCGCCUCCUUCGUCAACCUCGCCUUCGAGCACUUCCGGGCGCACCGCGUUAUGAAGCGAGGAAACGUAGCCGAAUGCUACCUCGACACCAUUGCCGUUCGCCUCGAGAGUAUCCGAUUCGGAAAGGGACAGGGUUGGAAGCGUUUCUUGGUCUUUGCCGAACUCACCAAGAGCAAGAAGGGAGCCGAGUACAUUGCUCUGUUCACCUACUUCAGCUUUCAAUCCUGGAUUCGUGUACUGGUCUGUUCCGGACCUCGUCAGGUCGUCAACGCAUUGACUCUCAAGUCUGUCUACGACGCCAAGCUUGCCGUUCACGAAAUCUCCGUCGAGGGCUCCCUGCUUGGUUUCUUUGAUAAGAUUAAGACCCUUGCCACGGAGGACUAUCAGCAGGCUCUCAUCCUGUCGGGUAUGGUCUUCACCCUACUCAUCUGGGUCUUCUCCGCUCUCUACCUCAUCAUGGCCGUCCUCUUCUACGUUUUCUUCCUCUUCCACUGGGUUCCCAAGGCCGACGGAGGUCUCUCAGGCUACUGUGAGCGCAAGGUCACCAAGGCGCUCAUGAAGAUUGUGACCGUCAAGGUCAACAAGGCGUUGGCGAGGCAGGAGGAAACCAAGAGAAGGUUAGAAAUGAAGGCAGCCAAGAAGAAUGGCGAAAAGUUGCCGCUGGAGCGACAGGCAACUCUGCCGACUCUGCCCAACGUUGGAGACCCAGACAAAUUGGCCGAGAUGCCCAUGUUUGGCCGCAAUGACACCUUUGCAACACUGCCCGCCUACGAGUCUCGUCCUGGAACCCCCAGCAGCAUCGAACUCAACUCCAUGGAUCAAAAACGCCCGCUGCCGUCGAGAAUGGGUACCACCACAUCCACUGCCAGCUACUCGUCACGCGCACCUCUUGUUGGCGGCGCUGCGGACUUUGGCUAUCAGCGCUCAGCUUCACCGGCUCCUUCUCUGCCACCCAUGGACUUGAACAACUACCCGCCUCAGCGCCCUGGUACUUCCAACUCCCAGAGGAGCUUCCGGCCUCAGAUCUCUCACGUGCAAACCAACUCGCAGAGUUCUCUCCGUGGUGGUUUCUCAGAGAGCCCCUCCACAUACUCUCCUGACACGAUGCCUGCCUUCCCUCCGCCUAUGAGGACCAACACUGGCCGAUCGGUAGAAAGCUUCAGAUCGCAAAGACAAAACACCUACCAGAGUGACCGUGCCACACCGGCGCCCAGAGGCACCUACGACGACUACUCGAACCAGUCCACUGGACGGGCAAGUCCGGCGCCCUCAGCAUACUCGGGCCGCGCUCCUGCACCUGUGCCCCGUGGCCCCGGCCCGCUCAACAAUACCCCGUACCAAGCAUACCAGCCGUUCAACCCGCAACGGAGCGCCACUGGCCCGGUUCUUCCACGAGGCCCGCCGAAUGCUCCCAUGCGGAACAUGACGGCGCCGGUCCCUCCCCGCCCGCAGGACGACUACUUCAACCGUCCCGGCACAUCACAGAGCCAGCGACCGAGCCCCCGCGGCCCGGGGUACGGCUACAACAACGAUGUAGAAUCCCAGAGGGACCCGCGGUACUAG